CGUCCCUCUCGGUGGAAUGUGGGCAUUCGGUGUCAGGACUUGCGUUGCGUCGGAAUCAUUUACGUAGGAACGCCCCUCGAAACUUCGCCUGGUGAUACCGGCCCAGAUCGGCGCGAACGAUUCUUACAUUCUGUUCUUGUUUUACCGUUGCAGAGGAUUCAAGCAAAUCUCCCCCAAUCAAGGUAUUCGCGCCUGAAAACCCGGUGACAGAGUCGACUCUGACGGACGCGGGCUUCACUAUGGAGGCCGGGAACUAUAUGCUGAUAAACGGAGGACGUAUCACUGAUACGCGAUAGUUUGCCGACAUAGGAUCAAUUUCAUGAUGCGCUCCAUGUCAUGAUGCGCUCUAUCUGGACGGCUGAAAACGUUAUACUAAUGACCGAUGUCUGAAUCGUGGAUGGCCGCUCGGCAGAUAUUGAUCAGAUGAUUGACGCAAUGAUCAAGACCCCAGGUAGCCGACUAUCGCAAUAUCGCAACAUCGUAAUAUUCGA